AUGGAACAUCCUGAAGAGCGUUAUUACAAACUAAAUCGAUUUGUACUGUUGCUUACUGGGUUAUGGCCAUAUCAAAGCAAAUGGAGCACUUGUUUAGUAAGAGCUGUUAUCACUACUAUAUUACUGUCAUCUGUAAUUUUUCAGCUAAUGAGUUUAUUUAAGUCUAACAUCACCGCGAACUUCGUAAUCGAUAUGAUACCAGCAUUUAUGCCUGUAAUGGGUAGUCUGAGUCAAAUGUAUGCACGUGUUGGAUAUGUAGACAAACUUAGGGAUUUAUUUGAGCAUAUGUGGAACGAUUGGAGAUUACAAAAGACAAAUUAUGAGACCAAGAUCAUGCAGAAGCAUGCCGAGACAUCAAAAUUAUUGACGCUUUAUUAUUUGCGUAAGAAAAAUAUUAAACUUCGCUUUAUCCAAAGAAAAAGACGUGCCUUUCUAUCUCACAAAGAUGUCCUGUGGACGUCCUGCCAGCUAAAUGGGACGUUCAUAAAACAUCCUGUUGUAAUCCAAAUACAUCCUGAGAAUGUCCUGUGGAGUAUGAAAUGA